UUAAUUUGUUGAAGCAUUUAUCCUAAUCACAAGAAAAGCUAUAGAGGCGAGCAUAGCACGCAUCACUCGAUGAGAGAUAUUGACAGGUCCAAAAGGUGAUUUAUUGAUUUCUGGAAGUAUUAUUGUAGCUUCAAACAUAAGGCUUCAAUCUUCAUCCUCCUCCUAAUCAAUCAUUAAUUCCACUCAUCAUCAGGCAAUCAAGAUACAUCCAAAUCCAAUCCAAUCCAGCAGUUACAGAAAAAAUUCAGCGCAUAUAGCUCAAGACCCUUUUCUUAUUUUUGCGUUUCUCUUCCUUUCUUUACAUGUAAAGACUUGAUUUUUAUGUCAAGAAAGUCACUGGAAUUUCUGGGAUUUCCUUGUUUGAGUGAUUCGUUCCUUGGUUUGGCUAGGGAAAGAGGGGAAGAGGGAAAAAGGGAUUGUUUCUUUUUGGCAAGAAUUAAUGAAUAUGAUGACAAUGGAGGGAAUGAUGGCUAAAGGGGUGCUGGAUGAUAUAAUAAGGAGACUGUUGGAAGGGAAAGGAGGGAAGCAGGUUCAGCUAUCUGAGGCUGAGAUCCGGCAGCUUUGUGUCAACGCUCGUCAAAUCUUUUUAUCUCAGCCUAGUCUUCUCCAACUUCAUGCUCCCAUCAGGAUCUGUGGCGACAUACAUGGACAGUACCAAGACCUGCUGAGGCUUUUUGAAUAUGGUGGCUAUCCUCCUUCUGCCAACUAUCUCUUUCUUGGUGAUUAUGUUGAUCGAGGCAAGCAGAGUUUGGAGACAAUAUGCUUAUUAUUAGCUUACAAGAUUAGGUACCCUGACAAAAUAUACCUUCUAAGGGGAAACCAUGAAGAUGCAAAAAUCAACCGGAUUUAUGGAUUUUAUGAUGAAUGUAAAAGGAGGUUCAAUGUUCGGCUAUGGAAGAUAUUUACCGACUGCUUUAAUUGUCUGCCUGUUGCUGCUCUCAUAGAUGAAAAAAUCUUUUGCAUGCACGGCGGACUUUCCCCUGAACUACAAAAUUUAGACCAAAUAAAUGAGAUUCAACGACCCACUGAGAUUCCAGAUAAUGGCCUCCUCUGUGAUCUGCUGUGGUCUGAUCCUGAUCCUAGAAUUAAGGGUUGGUCUGAUAGUGAUCGAGGCGUUUCGUGUACUUUUGGAGCUGAUACAGUUGCCGAGUUCUUGGACAAAAAUGACUUGGACCUCAUAUGUCGAGGUCACCAGGUAGUGGAGGAUGGAUACGAGUUUUUCGCUAAACGAAGAUUGGUGACAAUAUUUUCAGCACCAAACUAUGGUGGAGAAUUCGACAAUGCCGGUGCUUUGCUGAGUGUUGAUGAAUCACUAAUCUGUUCUUUUGAGAUACUAAAACCAGCAUCAAGCAGUUCGAAGGUAGCUCUUAAAAAGCCCCCGAAGAUUGGAGCCGCCUAAAGUAUUAACAGAAAUGGAAGCAAGGAUUUUCUGCAGCAAGGAAUUAUGUAAAAUUCGUUAUCUUCUGUUCAUAAACAAGAUUCGGGAAGAAAGCUGUUACUCCGGCCAUGGAAAUUUAAAUUUUUUACCAUUGCCGAUAAUUUAUGAUCGUGGACAAGUGAUGAAGAUUUUUGUAAAUUGGUAUUAAGUGUGAUGUGGAGAAACAGGACUGUUUCACUUGAUUACUUUUAGAGAUCAGAGUUGUUUUAGUAUUUGUAGUUGGCAUUUGAAUCUGGAAUUGCUCCUUGCAUCAGUCUUAACCUCGGUUCUAAUUUUUCUCCA